AUGGAAGCAUUAGAUGAAAUACAAUGGAAAUCACCUGAAUUCAUACAAGAGAGGGGUCUAAACACAGCAAAUGUCUUGGAAUACUUUGCUCUCUCUCCAUUUUAUGAUCGUACUUCAAACAAUCAAGUGUUGAUGAUGCAGUUUCAAUAUCAACAAAUUCAAAUCCCGGUGCAUAUAUCUUUCCAUCAAUAUUUCCAAUCACGAUUAUCAGAAAUGACAGGGAUAGAGUUUGUCAUUGCUUUCGUCAAGGAACCAGACUUUUGGAUUGUACGGAAGCAGAAACGGUUGAACCCACAAAGUGCUACUGCAUUACAAGAUUAUUACAUCAUUGGAGCAAAUAUAUAUCAAGCACCAAAGGUCUAUGACAUUUUAUCAUCAAGAUUACUUGCAACUGUGCUAUCACUAAAGCUGUCAAUUGAUACAUUAAACAAUAUGACAAGUUAUCACAUUUCUGAUGGUGCACAUUCAUUUAACAACUCAAUACAUGGCAACCCCAAGAGUACAAGUCUGACUGGCCAAGUCAAUUCUGAUCCCACGCCAAUCAGUAACUUAGAAACACCAAUUGCAAUUACAGAUAGUCCUGCGAUAGGCGCACCUGCCAGUAUUGUAACAACUCCAACUCAAUCGACUUCCACUAUCCCCAGUGCUGCUGCUUUCGAUAUGCUAUUGACAGAAGUCGUCAAUGACACUACAAAUAAAAAUUAUUUGGAAGAUAUUCCAUUGUAUGGAAAGGGAAGUACACUAGAGACACUAGGUAUAAAAUCCAACCCUAUAUAG